AGCUAUUUCUCCCUUUCCAUACCAUAAAAACCGUUUGCGGACACCGCUAAGCGAUUCCUCUUACUUUCUCUCUCUACACGAACCAACGCAGGAAAAACAAAAAAUAGUUGGAUAUUAAAUUCUCUAAAUUACCUUGAAAUUGCUAUUUCAUACCAUUUUCAACCUCUUUCUCUAUUGGUUUAUUUUUCUCUGGGUAAAACUGUUGAUAUGCUCCCGCAGUCAUCAAAGUUCACCUGUCAUGUAUCCCAAUUGCACCACUAACUCAUCUUCCUCUUUGCAAUCACCUGAUCCCUGUAGGAUCAAAGAUGAUGAUGUUUCUCAGAGAAUGGUUGCAUGUGAUAUUUCAGGAACUGAUGUCGCCACUGCUACUUUUGGCUCAAUCAGCAUAGCCGAGGUGUCUUUACAAAAGAAGAAUGAUAAAAGUAAAAAAGACUAUAAAAGUUGUUGAUGCUUUAGAAAGUAAAUAUCCAACAACAAGUGUAUCGCCUGUCGGAGGAGGAGUGGAUGCUAAGCUAAGUUAAGCCAGAAUCAGGCUGCAACAAGAAGUGGCAGGAGAAGAACAGUUAAAAAAGCAUCUCCAGAUUUCAAUUUCUUGCAAAUUACAAGAAAAUUAAGCUAUUGCAGUAAGCACGCCCGUUCAUCAAUUUGGGGGUUGCUGGGAAAUAUGGUGCAAGCUGUUGAACACAACAGCACACUCGAGAUAGCUCAAAGUGAGCACAUAAAAUCAAAAACAACAAAGAAUGGUCAGGAAAAUGAGAAGCAGGGUAAGAAUCACACUGGUCAAAACUCGCGGAAAUCAAAGGGAAAAAUCUCCAUUCCUACAGGCCCCAUCACCUUGAAAGUUAAAUUUGGUUCACGUUGCCUGAUGGAUGUUGUUCCUCUUAUUGAUGAUCACGCUGACAAACAGUGCACUAUGGGAAAAGAGUUCAAAGAAUUGCCAAAUGUUGCCAGGAGUUUUGAUGAUCAGCUGAAGGGAGAGUUGCCCAGUCGGCAGUUCGGCAGGUGCAAUGGGAAUUUGGAUAAUGUGUAUGUUUCUGUAUCAGACAUAUGCCAAUCUGGAAAGAAGAUCAGUCAAAAUCCAGCGGACAAACUCUUGGACUUUCACAAUGACUCAUUUUCGGAGGAGGGGACAUCAAUUGAUAACAGGUGCUCAGAUGCUGGAACUUCACCUGACUCAGAAGUUAUCAACCUGGUUCCGGAUACUCAAAUAAAUGAGAGAGGCCGAGAAGAGUUGAAUGAUUUAAUUAUGCCUAAGCCAUCUGUCGCUCCUGGUGAUGUCCUGAGUUUGCGUGUGUAUGGCAGGAGCAAGAAAGGAAGGAAAAAAGAUAGUCUCCCAAAGUUAGCCAGUUCCGGUGUGAAAGAUCUGCUUAGUCCAGAUAGUAUGAGCAGUUCUCAAAUAUUUGGGCAACUCAUCCAAGGAGAAAAAGUACAAGAGGGAUCUUGUUGUUCUGAUACUUCUGCUCUGACACCAGGGCGGAUUGGCUUAGGCAACAUAUCGAGCACUGAGAUUGUUUCAGGAGAACUGUUACCUUGUUCAGGAGUGUCAGACUUAAGUAUCUCCUGUGCUACUUCGAUGUCUGAAAGUGGCAUAGAUGGUAAUAUUUGCUCUAGCCUUGGUACUGAAUCACCAGAGACUGAGUUGUCUGAGAAAAAAGCAUCCUCUCAUGAUGGACAAAAUGUUCCCAAAGGUGAAAGAUCAGAUGUAUUUGGCAAAGGCCGGUCACAAGUCCCGAACCCGAAAUCAUCCAAAAGUAGAGGAAGUGCUUCUAAAAAGAAGGGAAACAAAGAAAAACAAGAUAAUAAGCUUGAAGUGAAACAUGAGAGUUACCAUGUCACAAGUUUAUGUGAGGUGAAACACCACCAAGAAACAGAAAACGAAGCACCAUACGGGUUUGGAGAAGUUGGAUCGAGAUAUAAAACCUUAAAUGGAGGCAUUUCAGACUUGGACAUUACACGGGGUGUGGUGAGUCAGCCUCAUUUACAACCAAGAAAUGCCUGGGUACAGUGUGAUGAUUGCCUGAAGUGGAGGCGUAUAGCUUCCGAACUUGCUGAUCAAAUUGAUGAAACAAACUGCAAAUGGACUUGUAAGGAUAACUUGGAUAGAAACUUUGCUGAUUGCUCGAUUGCACAAGAAAAAUCAAAUUCAGAAAUUAAUGCUGAGCUGGAAAUAUCGGAUGCCUCUGGCGAGGAAGAUGCCCUCAGUAGACGCUUGAAUUCAAAUCAAUCAGGACAGAAGAAGGCACUUGUUUCCCAUCAAUCAUCUUGGACUCUGAUCAGGAGAAACUUAUUCCUGCAUCGUAGCCGCAAAAGUCAAACUAUUGAUGAGAUCAUGGUCUGCCAUUGCAACCCUCCUUCACAUGGCCGAAUGGGCUGCAGAGAUGGAUGCCUGAAUCGGAUGCUCAACGUUGAGUGUGUUCGAGGGUCUUGUCCAUGUGGAGAGCGCUGUUCGAAUCAGCAGUUCCAGAAGCGUAAGUAUGCUAAAUUGAAGUGCUUCAAAUGUGGAAAGAAGGGUUAUGGCCUGCAACUGCUUGAGGAUGUUUCCGAAGGGCAGUUUCUUAUAGAAUAUGUUGGGGAGGUCCUGGAUCUGCAUGCGCACGAGGCAAGACAAAAGGAGUAUGCCCUGAAGGGUCAUAAGCAUUUUUACUUUAUGACACUUAAUGGCAGUGAGGUUAUAGAUGCGUGUGCUAAAGGGAAUUUGGGCCGUUUCAUUAACCAUAGUUGUGAUCCUAAUUGCCGUACAGAAAAGUGGAUGGUCAAUGGAGAGGUUUGCAUUGGACUCUUUGCUUUAAGGGAUAUCAAGAAGGGGGAGGAGGUUACAUUUGACUACAAUUAUGUGCGCGUUUUCGGGGCUGCAGCGAAAAAAUGUGUCUGUGGCUCGCCUCACUGUCGGGGCUAUAUAGGCGGCGACCUACUGAAUGCAGAAGUCAUAGUGCAGGAUGAUUCAGAUGAUGACUAUCCUGAACCCAUUGUUUUCUGCGAGGAUGGUGACAUGGGUGAUGAACUAAACAACAUUAUAUCUGCAAGAAGUUCAUUUAAUGUCGCAGAAAUUAGAACUAAAGAAACACCUAAAAACAAAUAUAAACUGGAUGAACCUGUUACUGGAAACCUGGAGAAUUCCACCCAAACACACAUAGGGGAUAUAAUGGAACAUGAAAAUACCAAAGUGGCUAACUCUGCUGCUGUUUUUAGCUCUAAAAUCAAGGAGGAAAUCAACAAGUUCCAUAAUGAAUCCCCUUCAUCAUCUCUGAAGAAGCUGGGAUCAUCUGAGGCAAAAGAGGGACUAGAAAUCCUGUUGCAUUCUUCAGUACGACCUGCAGGAAAUUCCUUGCCUUCGGAAGAUAUGAUCAUUGAAACUAUAUCUGAAGUAAAAAAAGAGUGCUUAGAUGCUGAAAAAGUUUCUUCUACACUGGACAUGGCAUUUCCAUCUCCAAAUGCAAUGCUUAGCAAGUCUUUGAAGAAGAAAUCAGGCAAUGGAGGAGCAAGUAAUGAAUCGUCAACAUCUUCUCGUCAAUCAUCUUCAGUUAAAAAGGGAAAAUCUAAGAAUAGUGCUGUGAAUUUAACAGCACUAUCUGAUAUGGACAACAAAUUGCAAAUUCCACAACCUAAAUUCAGGAAACCACCUUAUGAUUCCUCAAAUGCUCGUGCUGAAGCAGUCGAAGAGAAACUUAAUGAGUUGCUGGAUCAUGAUGGCGGAAUAAGCAAACGCAGGGAUGCAUCUAGGUGCUACUUGAAGCUCCUCCUUUUAACUGCUGCUUCAGGAGAUAGCUGCAAUGGUGAAGCUAUUCAGAGUAACCGGGAUCUCUCAAUGAUCCUUGAUGCGCUUUUGAAGACCAAGUCGCGCACUGUUUUGGUGGAUAUUAUUAAUAAGAAUGGUUUGCAGAUGUUACACAACAUAAUGAAACGAUACCGGAGGGAAUUCAAUAAGAUCCCAAUUCUCAGAAAGUUGCUUAAGGUUUUAGAGUAUCUGGCUGUUAGAGAGAUUCUUUCGCAUGAGCACAUUAACGGAGGUCCCUCUAGACCCGGAGUAGAGAGCUUUAGGGACUCAAUUUUGCGAUUGACAGAUCACACAGACAAACAGGUUCAUCAAAUUGCAAGGAACUUCAGAGAUAGGUGGAUACCUAGACCUCCCAGAAAAAGUAGCUGCAUUGACAGAGAUGACAGCCAGAUUGAGCAUCCUUCUCCACUGUACAAUAGGUGUACACCAUUACAAGACCAUCGUGGUGAUUGGAGUAUGAAACCUUCAGAAACAGAAGAAUGUACCUGCCAUAUAAUGGUAGAAUCUACUACAGCAGGUGCUGGUAUCCUUGAUGGCUCAUCUACUUCAUGUGUUGUUGGGGCACCCAAUGGGGCAAGGAAACGUAAGCGUAAGAGUCGAUGGGAUCAGGAGGCAGAAUCAAGUUUAGAUCAAAGAACUGAAACCAAUAUGGCUGAUGAUCGAACACAGGACAUAAAUGAUGCCCCCCCUGGAUUUUCAGUCCCCAUGAAGGCCUCUAGAGUCUCAUGUGGUGUUUCCUCAGGUGCAGCUUGUAGUCUACAAGAACAUAGUUGCAAGAAGCAUCCACAUCCAAUGGUCACAGGGUAUUUGCAGCAGAGGUUUAUUUCAAGAUUGCCAGUCUCUUAUGGAAUUCCAUUUUCCAAAGUGCAGCAGUUUGGGUCAUUUCAAAAAGAAAGACGUGAUGUUUGGGAUGUUGCCCCAGGAGUACCUUUCCAUCCUUUUCCUCCUUUGCCGACAUAUCCCCGUGAUAGAAGAGAUUCCACGUCUUCUGCUGCUAGUGCUGGAAUUUUUAGCGAGCCAUCUCAAAAUGCUGGACAAGAUCGCCAUUCUUGUUCUCCGGGCCACUCUGCUCAUAAUCCUCCAUGCCUAUCCGGGGCAAACCUCCCGCAAGACGAUGCAAAUACCCAAUUUGGUUUUGAACGAACUGGGGGCUAUCAUAAUUUGGGAAGGAAAUAUUUUCGGCAGCAAAAGUGUAUUAACUCAAAAAGGCCUCCUUGGGGAAGAAGUGGCUGGGGGUGCACAGGAAAGAACUUAAAAGAUAGUAUGUGCAGUGUAGGUGUAGCAAGCAAAGAGAAUGAAUCUAGGAGUUCCCAUAACCCUAAAAUGGAGAAUUUGGGGCAUACUUAUCAACAGAAUCAUUCACAACAGAGAUAGCUUUAACUUCAUAGGCAAAAGACCUCAGGAGCCUCCAAGUUUUUCUCCAGUGCUCCUUUGUACUUGUAUUCUUUGCCACCAACUGAAUUGUAAAGCACUUAUUCCCUUUUAUUUGUUAAGGUUAAGGAUAAAAAGAUACUCUGAUACGACGAUGUGCUGCAUUGGCAAUAUCAUUAUUCAUGCCUUACAGAGGUACCCUUCCUAAUUCUUUUUAUUAUUACUUGAUGGGAAGUACUGUCAGAGAAAAUUGAUUUAUUUAUGUUGCUACAGUGUAAUUGUUGCUGUAGUUUUGUUGAAAUGUAUGUUCUUUACACUGAAAACUGAUCCUGCUACAGGCAUUUUAGUAGUAUAAUCUCAGUUGCAGUGCUUUCUUUUUCUUCUUUUA